AUGUCGUCACACAACAACAACUCGGCGUCGGCGAACGAUCCACGGCAGCCAUCGACCGCGAAACCGUUUGUGGCACCGAUGGUUUCACCACAGGAUCUACCCGUUGAUUACUCAGGUUUCAUUGCGGUUAUCCUAGGCGUGGCUGGCGUAAUGUUCAGGUACAAGUUGUGCUCGUGGCUUGCUCUUAUUUUCUGUGCUCAAUCACUUUCAAACAUGAGGAAUAUGGAAAAUGAUCUUAAGCAGAUUUCCAUGGCAUCCAUAACCACCCUAGAUGACUUCAAAGGGAAAUGGGAUGUCUUAGAUGCUGUUGCUCUUGGGCUUAGUCAGCCAGUGCUCAUGGAAGACUUCAAGAAGGCUCGUGAAUUGGUCAAAUAG